CGGCGUUUCCCAGCGUUUCGCGUUUCCGAAACGUUUCCGGGACGGAAACUUCCCCUCGAUUCACGUUUCCGUGCUUCCUAGCUUUGGACUUGUCGAAAUCAAACGCCUGUGAUGGACCCUUCAAUCAUGAAACUCCUUGAAGAAGAGGAGGUUCUCUCACCCAUACAUUCCUUCCAUGCGGCAGAUAUUCUUCUUUCGUUUCUGCAUACCAUCUAUUUCUCUCUAGCUUUUUAUAUAUAUAUUGUGGGGAUCAAAGUUCACGGGAUGAAUCGAUUGAUUGAAUUAUACUUUUCCACAGGAUGAAACAAUGCAUUCAGGUGCAGACGUGGAGGCGUUCACAGCUGCCCUAAAUAGACACAUCGAAGGGGGAGAUGUUCCUGCUUCUCAUCCUGCAGAUUCAUGUGGGGACGGGAACGCUCAAACAUCAAACCGGUUUGCUGAGUGGGAAACCGCCAAUCACGGUGAAAAUGCAUUGCCUCAGACUCUAAAGGAUUCCAAUGUCUCGUUGCAGCAAUCAUUUAACAGCUCAUCUGAAAUGAUGGAGCUAAAGCGAUUGGGUCAAGAUUCUGAGAAUCAACAACAAAAUGAUUCCGCAAAAGAUGCUUCUCAACAACCAUCUCUGCCUGAGAAAUCUAUGCAUAGCUCUGAUAAGAACACUGUCCCUAUGCUGGAGCAUAACAGAACUCAAAAUCCAGACCCUCAGUAUCUCAAAUUGAAUACUCAACAGUCAAUGCGCACAGCUAUAUCAGGUCAGCAUACCAUGUCUGUUGGGACAAGUAGCCAGCAGCAAAGGAUGAACAGCCAAACAGAAAUGGCUUCAAUGAUGGGGAGCCAUUCUGCAGGCAAUGUACAUCAGCAAGGGAAACAAGUGCCGUUUGCCAUGUUAUUCCCUCACAUACAGCCCCUACUCGAUAAGGACAGAGGAAUGCAACUCCAUACUCUAUACCUCAAACUAAGAAGAAAUGAAAUUAGCAAGGAAGGUUUUGUUAAACACAUGAGAAGUCUGAUAGGCGACCAGAUGCUUAAGAUGGCUGUAUAUAAAUUUCAGUCUCAGGCUGCAAGAGAGGCACAGUUUGGACAACCCAAUCAGUUUCAACCAGAGGCACAGACUUCAAUACAGCAACAUCUGCAAACAUCAAAUGAUCCAAGCAACUUGGCAAUCAAUAGUAAUGCUCAGAAGUUGCAUGAGGCAGAUCACCAGCCAGAUUUACAUGGAUUGCUAGGAAGCCAAGUGUCUUCUUCUAAUUUGGCCGCAAUAAAACAAGAAAGGGAACAUCCAACAUUUCCUCUACAGGGAGUUAGUAACAAUCAACCGAAACAUUUUCACUUUCCACAGGCAUCUUUUUCUCCAUUUGCGAAUAUGGGGAACAAUUAUCAUCCAUACUCUGCGACAAAUACUUCAUCAAUGUCGACACCUCUUAAAUCCCAGCCACAGGAUCAACAUUUGAGGCCAACUCAAUUAGGACCUGGAAGUCAGACUAUGAAUAUGAUGACUACCCCUAAGUUUGACAGGCAAAAUUCAUUUGGUGAACCAAGGAGACCGGUUGCCCAUAUGAUAAGUGGUUCGAUUGCACAACAGAGUUCAGCUCACUGGCAGUCAGCAGGCAAUAAGGAGAGGAGAAGUAUACUGCAACCACCCAUGAUGAAUGUGAAAGCAGAACCAACAGAUCAUUUACAUGACCAGCAGCAUAAAUCUCAGCUGCCUUCUACUCCCUUCACCCAUGUACAAAAUGAAUCAGGACCUUCGACUCUAGGAACUUCAAAUGAUGAAACUUUUGAUGUGCAGUCUUCUACAAUGGGUUUCUCAACAGCUGGACAGCGAGUUGCUCAAAAUUCAGUCGCGACAUCCAUGCCAUCCCAAGUUGACACGAGUAAUUCGUUAAACUCCAACACACUUCCUACUACGUCUCCUAAUGGGCUUGGAAAUAAUGGCAAAACUCUUCCAAAGAAGCCUUCUGUUGGCCAAAAGAAGCCACUUGAUGCACUUGGAUCUUCACCUCCUCCUUCAGGGAAGAAGCAGAAGGUAUCUGGGGGCUUUUCAGAUCAAAGCAUUGAGCAACUCAAUGAUGUCACUGCUGUUAGUGGAGUUAAUCUCAGGGAAGAAGAAGAACAACUAUUUUCUGGUCCCAAGGAAGAUAGUCGAGUUUCCGAAGCUUCACGACGAGCUGUUCAAGAAGAAGAGGAACAGUUAAUUUUGCAGAAAAUUCCACUUCAGAAGAAAUUGAAUGAAAUAAUGGGAAAAUGUGGACUAAAGAAUAUGAGCAAUGAUGUGGAGCGGUGCUUAUCAUUGUGUGUUGAGGAAAGGAUGCGUGCACUGAUAAGUACUAUCAUCAGACUAUCAAAGCAGAGAGCUGACUUUGAGAAGACAAGGCACAAAACAAUUGUUACCUCUGAUGUUCGCCAACAAAUCAUGACAAUGAACAGAAAGGCCCGGGAAGAAUGGGAGAAGAAGCAAUCUGAAUCUGAUAAACUCCAAAAGACUAAUGAAUCAGAUAGUAAUAAUGCAGCUGACAGUGAUAGAGACAGGGAUGACGGCCUAGCAAAAUCACUGAAGGUAAACAAGGAAGAUGAUGAUAAGAUGAGAACAACAGCGGCAAACGUUGCUGCUCGAGCUGCUGUUGGGGGGGAUGAUAUGCUGUCCAAGUGGCAGAUGAUGGCAGAACAAGCUAAGCAGAAACGGGAUGCAGCUUCUGCUCCACAUCAUGGUAAAGAUAUUCUUCAGAGGCCAUUGUCAUCUUCGUCUAGGAAUAGUAGGGACCACCACGACGGUGAAAAAAGGAGCUCAUCAACUUCCACUAUCACACAAGGAGGAGAUGAUAAGAGUGGCGGGAGAUACCAGAGUGUGUCUCAGAGUAGAGUUGGUUGCAGCAUUACUGUGAAAGAUGUGAUCGCUGUCCUGGAAAGGGAGCCACAAAUGUCUAAGUCUACAUUAAUUUAUCGUCUGUAUGAGAGAAUCCGUUCUGAUACUUCAGCAGAAUAGAUUUGGUGCUGGAAUUCACGCUAUAAUAGUAUCAAUUAAAGAACAAACUGAUUAUCUCUUUUUGCCUAUGUUUCUUAUCCUCUUUCAUUUUUACCUAGUAACCCCUUGUUGCUUAAUAAUUAUUUUUGACAAGUGAAAGCAGAAAACAAGGGGUUGUAUCACUCUGAUACACCGUUUUAAGGACAACAGAGAGUUUCUUCCACAGUUCCAC